AAGGACUCAUCUGGAUAUAUUGUGGGAAUAUGCCAAGCGAACGAGACCCUUUCCCAUUCCCGCGAUAUGAGAACGAUAAUACAUUCACAGGGAGUAAACAAAUUCAGAAAAUGGCCUACGAUAAACCAACCCAUCUUGCCCAAAAUGAUGACCCGUGGAGGAGGCUCUAUAGCACGUCAACAACGUCUAGCUCCCGUCGAAACAUCUUUCAUUGUGACACUACAGUGCAGGCUAAUCUUGAAUGGCGUAAUGAGCUUGAACGGAUAUGUCUACUACCAGCAUUACUGAACACAAACAGAGUAAACACAGUGAGUGAAGACCAGUCUCCAGACUGCAUAAUGCUGGACCUUAACACAACAAAAAAACAAUCAACUGUAUGCAUUGAGCGACCAGGGUUUAGACAUCACAAAAAAGAGAAUUAUGUGUGUCAUCCUCCAGCGGCCCACGAGGACACAGACGGUGAGGAGGAAGUCCUUCAGCUCAGGAAACUGAAUGGCUCACCCAGCGAGUGCCCCAGUCACCAGAAUCUCCAUAAGGAGCUUCUGUUUGCCCAUAAGAAGGGGCUGCUGUUGGAGGAGAAACCAGAACUGAAGCGUGUGUUACAGCAGAGGAGACUUGACCUGCACAGAGAGCAGGAACUUGCCCUCCGACCUCCUUCAGAUCUAGAACAAGAGCUUCGCAAGAGGCAGCAGAAACUACAGGAGUAUGAAACCGAGGAAAAGAGGCAUUUGGAAGAUCAGAAGAACAUUCCAGAAUUUGUGCGAGUGAGAGAAAAUCUGCGACGCAUACAGAUUACAGAAUAAAACUGAAACGGAAGAAGAUGCACCUUUUAUUUUUUUCAAUCUGUGUAUUGUAAAAAUAAGUGUUUCAUGGAAUGAAAUGAGGGGGCAUACAGCCCAAAUUAUGUUUGUAUGUAGUCUUGUAUUUGGAGUUUGUUAUAUCGAAUUGUAAAAAUGGAAUUAAUUAAAUAUGACUA